AUGGCCAAACCCUCCAUUGAUAUACCAGCGAGCUUCGCUUCCACAGCUAAAAUUUCAGGGGGCAUUUCUCAGAAAGACGUAAACAAUGUGCUGCUUUUUCUCAUAGGCGUGGGGGUCUCAGGCCAUGUCCCAGAUCAAUUCGAUGCUAAAAAAGAUUCCUACUCUGACCUCGUUCGUGACCUCCUCGAGCCCCUACACAUCUCACGCGGCCAUGUCACCUGCCUCGUCUCUGUGAAACCUGCUGUUAUUAAUUUCUUUGCAGGAUUUCAUGGGGGAGCUGUUGCUGCUGUUGCUGAGGCUGUGUCCAUAGCUUGUGCUAGAACAGUCGUGGCUAAGGAUAAGGAGAUUUUUCUAGGGGAACUAAGCAUCUCUUACCUCGCCAGCGCAAAAAAGAAUGCAGAGGUGAUAGUUGAUGCAUCUGUUGUGCGAAGUGGAAGAAAUCUGAGUGUGAUAGCGCUAGAGUUCAAGCUCAAGAAAACUGGGGACUUGAUUUACACAGCUCGUGCCACCUUCUAUCACAUGCCUGCUGCGAAAUUAUAG